AUGGAAGUUGGACAAACGAUUCAUUACAUUAAGAUCGGAACAUUUACAUUACUUUUCCUUAUGCAUUUUGAGCCAACUUCAGGGUUACCUAUACAUCCCGAUUAUGCUCCGUAUUUUGCUUUUAUUAAUAAUGGACAGUAUACGGCUGGUUCACAGGGGAAAUCAUCACAUGCUAUUUAUUGUUAUUUCCUCAACGUUGGUAUCUCCAUCAUACAGUACUACAAUUUCAAAAUUGAGCGUAUGGAAGGAAACAAUGCUAGUGGUGGGUCAAAUGAUGGUAUUCUGCUGGCGCUUCAUCGAAAUGAGUCUCUCGAAUAUAAUCCUACGCCUCAUUUCUUCCCUGCUCACAUCAAGCUACAGUGCGUAUGCUCCUAUUAUCACUGGAUUGUGUUGUUGCUCGUGCUAUCAGAUGGGAUACGUCUCUCAUCGCCAGUCUUUUUAUCAGCGGUUCUUAUUAUCCUUGCAUUUAUUAAUCUUUGGCGUGGUGCUGACCUUUACCUUUCACAUCCAACUGUUUUUAUUCGGAAGUGGCGUUUAAUAACAAUUUAUCUUCUUGCUGCAGUUUUCCUACGUAUCGUGGCAUUGGUAUGA